GAAAGGUAUAAAAUAAGUUUGGCGAAUACCUUCUCAGUGUACGCGAUAUUCGAUGGCGUUUUGACGAUGAUAGUCUCGUAUCAAUUUAAUCGCCUAAAAGUCUUUUUUUUAUGUGAAUAAUCUCAAAUUUAGCAGUCAACAGAUCGUCUACUUAUAAUGUCUGUUGCUGAAUUUUUAAAAGGCCUUCCGUCACAUGAUGAAAAUAAUUUCGCAAAUUUUCAUACUGAUAAUGGAAAUCGGACAUGUGUCAAGAGGCCAUCAGUUUAUCUUCCUACUAAGGAUUAUCCUUCCGAACAAAUCAUAGUUACUGAGAAAACUACCAUUUUAUUGAGGUAUCUUCAUCAACAAUGGGAUAAAAAGAAUGCAGAUAGAAAGAGAGAAUUUUUGUCUACCAAUGGUGAUUCUCAGGAUGAUGCAUCUACAGUACGCAGUAAAAGGCCACGUCUCGAUUUAAAUAACAGUCUUUAAAAUAUGUUACUUUUUCAUAUGAAAAUAUUGGAUAAUUAAUGAUUUAUACACGAUAUAAAUUAAUUAUUCCUAUGGACAUGUUGAUGGAUAUUACACAAGGGUACAUCAUUGAUUAAACUUACAAAAGUAAAAUAUGUCCUUUUUGACAAUAUUUUUUAGUAAAUUAAUUUUUUUUUAUUCUGAUUUUGUUAAAAAAUUUAAACAAAAUAUGAUGAAACGAUGUGCUUCAUACGUUUAUAUCGUGAUAUAUUUUUAAUAUCCACUUUUUUUAUGCCAUCUAAAUUGUUAAAUCAUUGUAUUAAAUAUUACUUCACAUAGAAAUUGUAAUUGAAACGGCA